AUGUCAGAUGCAAGAUUGACCCAAAAUGGUGGAAGCGGUAGACCGCGCGAACACGCAGAAGGGUCGAGGAAGGGCCGAUCCUUAACGCCUCUAUCAUCAUCAGGGUAUCGCUCUCCUCAGGAGAAUGAAAACGACACGGCUGGCCCCGAACGGGUGGUGGCCGAGGAACACAGACGGAGUCGACUAGGUGGUCUUCCCGCGGGAAGUGGAAACGCGGCGCUGUAUCCUUGGUGUCACCCUCCCGUUGGAAAUCGCCACAAUACGCGUCCAUUUAGCAAGGCAGCCAAUGGUGGAGGCCGUCGUUCGAAUGCGUCAAGCCGGCAUAGUCCUCGCGAAUCUCUUGCGCGCAUCGUAGAUCGGCAAACGACGACAGGUCGUCUCGUCGUCUGCUCAUCGCAGCUCCCGGGCUCCUGCCUUCGCCGGCAAUGA